GAUCGAGCGCGUGUUCAACAAUAACAGCUGCACUGUUGCUGUUCCCUCAAUUCACGCUCAGCCACCGUCGAAGUCGGUUCUUUUUCAUCAAUCUUUUCCAGUGCGAAGCUACUUAACUGGUCAGAAAGGGAAACGGAAAUAUCAAACGUCUUAUUAAUAAAACUGAUUAACCUGAUUAACCAAACUGAUUGACUGUUACCUGAUUCGAACUAGUAAGUUUACGUCAUAAACUUUUGUGAAAAUUGAGUUGGUUAACGUGUCGUAAUUUCGAUCGAACAUAUAUCGAUCGAUCGAUCCGUUCGAUGAAAUCGAAUCGUGCCGCGAACCAGAUCGUGUUGUAAUCGAUAAAAUAUAUAAUCGCGUGGCCGGGUUGUGGGCCGUGGAAAUCGGAUUUUCAGCGUCUCGUUCGAAAAUAGAACGAAAUUUACGACUUAGGAGCCGGUGCUCGUGAUCGAUGUGCACCUGCAAGGAAUAGCGUGGGAUGCUGUAAGCCAAGGCGACUGCCGGCUAACAUCGCAGCUACUUGAACGUGAAACGUAUCGACAGGGAACGAUAACCGAACGAGGAUGCUUCCUGCUAGAAGAUUAAUCAUUGCCGUGUUUGGUGUUUGCUUGUUGACCGCUCUUUUUGAGGUGAGCGAAGCCAGGCCGCACAUCAGGCAUCAGAAAGACGGGAGCCAUUGUAGCAGAUGCGGUCCAGGCUGGGGCGCCGUGAACCAUUGCGUCCGUGGCCAUGACACCGAAUGCGGCAAAUGUGCACCAGGCACCUACAGCCCCCACCACAGCACCCAGCCCUGCUGGAUCUGUUCUAGGUGCGGUCCAGGCCUGUACGAGGCGCAUCCUUGCACUUCCAAAACGGAUACCGUCUGCGAUUCCUGUCACAGGCCUGCCCCGGAUAAUCUCGACUAUCGAAACAAGUGUAAAGGUCGAACGAAUUUGUUUCUCGCACCGGAGGACGCAUUCGACACUGCAGAGCAGAGUAUCUUGGUGAACGAACCCGAUGGACAGGAUCUGUUGGCUGACGGAGACAAAGUGUUGGAGAAAGACGCCGAGGCGGCCAUUAUCAAUGGAGAAUUUAAUUCUUUGGAAAGGUUCUAGGACUGGAAUCGUUUAGUACAGUUGCCGCUACUUUGUUUCCAUUUUUAAGGAAACGCUUUCUAAAGAUAUUACCGCGUUCCGGUUAAUCCGAACGAAAGAAUCGCCUAUUACCGUUAAAUUUUAGUCAUCGAUGAUCCGCCAUUCUCUUCUUCUAAAAGUAGUAGACAAAAAUUCUACUUUCUAAGACUCGGCGAUCUUCUAACAUUCCGCGACAACUAUAUCUUGACGAACCGUGAAGGAGACGCUUUCAUUUCCUGAUAUCCUUUGAAACGUUCCUACGGUUCUACAAGAUCCUGUUCGGACGAGUAGAUCGGGAUUGGAGAUCGAGAGGAAGCUUUCUCCUGGGAUAUCGGGUUUCCUUGAAUCGUCCGGGGAAAAUUGCAAGAUCCAGCUGUGUGGAAUACCGAAUACUCUUUAGAAAUUCAUAAGACGAGGAGAGGACGAUUAAGAAAGUUUUCGGCUUCGAAUAGAAGCGGAAGAUCGUGGAUUAAGACUCGUUAGCCCCGUCGAGUUCGUUUGCAAGCUUUAAGACUGUGGAUCAGAUUGAAGGAUUUUAAAAUCGCUGAUCGAAUUUAAAAUGUUCAUCGAGAGAAAGAUUGAAUUAUUAGAACACGUUAUUAUUCAAAUGAUCGAUAUCUGCGCUUUAAGUUGAGGCUCGACUGGUUAACGUCUACUACUUGUCAACGCUGGUGCUCGUUUUUUUUUUUUUUUUUCUUUUCAAUUUUCCUAUUACGUACCUUUUUCUUGUAUAUUUUAAUAGUAUGUAUAAAUAUUCGAGAAGGAAUUGGUCGGCUUAGAUCGAUCCCUCGUUGCUAGUCAGUUAACCACUAAGUAGUCCGAUAAGAGGUAUCAUAUGGAAUCGACACGAGGUAAUAUUUAAACAGCAGUGUAUACCGUACGCGUAUGCCGUCAUAGUUCGACUCUAAACGUAAUAUAUAACGGCACGUCAUCUUCCACCGAGCGAUAUAUUGCACCUUUGAUGUCGAUAGCUCGUUAAUCAUGGUACUCGGAAAGUCCAGUUCGUCAUGGCGUUCGAUCUCUUUCGACAAAAUAUUUCCGAUUGUCUCGUAUGGGAUACACUAUGAGAAUUUCGAACGGUAAGACUAGGAAGCUUGCGUUAGUUUUGAAACGACGUCCAAUCGGUUACGUUAGUUUGCCAAUUAAUGUUGAUAAAUACGAGAUACUUAGAUGGUACUUAGCUGUGAUUCUCUAGAGUACCUUUGAUGAAUAUUCGGCAUUUGCUUGAACCUAACGAGACAAUCGUUUUAGCACGUUCUAAGUGUAGAUUCCUGUAUGAUAUAAUAUAUUAUAAGCAUAUUUAUAUGUAUAUACCCAAAGAUCUCCUUCAUAUUGUCUGCAUAUACGCAAAUUCUCUCUGCAGAAUUCUUUCAUUCGAAGAAGCUAAACAUUCUUUCUCUUUCUUCUUUCGUGAUUAUUUAGAAAGCUGCCACCGUUUUGGAUUUCGUCGAUAUUUUUAAUAUGUUGCCUAUAACGUUAAUACGUCGAGAACGACUUUUUCCUUUACGUGUAACCGACGCUCGGUCUUGGUUUCCAUGAUAUUCGCAAAAAGAACCGUCGGUACUACUACGGUGAAUUCUACCUGUAAUCGCGCAUCCGUGACAGCGUACGCGUUAGUAUUGGUUAUCGUAUAAACCUAAUCCAAACCUAAUUCUUAUCUUCUGUUUACAGCUUAUAUAGCUGUUUGCUGGGUCGUUCUAUCCGGCAACCAAUAUCAACGUGUGUAUGCUGUUAGUUACUGCGAAUAUCGGUACCGACAGUUUCUUACGAAUUUCUCAAAUACUAAAAGAUACGCGCCAGUAAACGCGUAAAGGAAAAAGUUGUUCGAAAUGUUGACUUCUACGAUAUAUUGAGAAAAUCAUCGAAAUCCAACGUGCCGGCAGCUUUCUAAAUAAUUGCCGAAAAUUUGUAUAUCCGCAUAUCUCUAAAUUUUCGAACGACACUAUGUGUCGAGAAUUAGUAUUCGAGAAAUUGCAAAGAUCUCUUUAGAAAAAUACGUUGUUAUAGGACGAGCGUAUUUCGAUGUUACUCGAUAUGUAUACACGCCAUUAGAUAUGGUCCGUGUACGCAAAGCGUGUAAAUACAUUUCUGUAAAUAUAGAAACGAUGACGGUACGAUUCAGUUGCUGUGUUAAAAUCUGUUACAACAAUGGAAAUGGGUAUUUCCGUUAUUCGCCCAAUAUUUUGUUUAUCGGACUUUUGCGAAUGUUACAAUUAUAUUUUUUUCUCCUACGUUGAAACAAUUAACGAAACAAAAAAAUACUGCAAAAGGUUGCAAUGUUCGAAUAUCGUGCGUGAUGCUAAUCAAUUGUUUUUAGUUUCAACGAGGUGAAUGAUCGAAAACUCAACUCUUUUAGUGAAAUGUUCGCCGCUCGAAAUAUUUAAUAUUUAUUUAUCAGUUAUUCGUUUUAUCUUGACUAUUUUGAAAACUGCAUCUACGUGUAGUAGUAUCCAUAUAAAACCGAGAUGUUGUGGCAGAUUAACAUUUUCCUGUGCUGUAUAAUUCAAAGUCGAUUAUUCGCGUAUAUUUCGUUGCCGGGCGAUUACAGCAGGCCGAGACGCAUGGAUUUUCGCACAGACACUGUCGAAUCUCGGUCGCGGAUGGAAAUUCACGAAAGCACCAUUAUACUUUUUAUCUGUUUUAUUUAUUUACGCCAAUGUUCAUUCCUUCGAUGGACGUAGCCGCAAGAGACACGUCUACUAUAUGGACACAAUAAAGUACAGACAUAAUACUCUACGUAAGAUCUUUUUUGUUUUCAUACAACCUUCUGCUCUAUCAUGUUCACGCUCGAAAAACCAUAUAAAGAGCCUAUAUAGUGUAUACACGUUUCUUCGAUGCUCAAAUAUACGAUUAUAUAGAUAUAACCUCGAAGUGAAACUAUUGUCGCGUCUUGACGAAGUACAUAACAUUUCGUAUCAGGUAUUAUACGAUUCGUCAAAUAUUAAUCGUUAUCAUUUGAAUUAUUUAUGCACGAUGCGCUACGAUGUAUAUAUACACGAUAAUCAUAUGAUCGGAGAAAAAUGAAAAUAAUUACUCGCGAAAUGCUACAAUAUAUGGGUCAUAUACAUAUGUGCUGUUCGACGAUAGCUUUAUUCUCUGUUCGCUUUUAUCCGUAAAGGUGAUAAUUUCGAUUUGCAUUGAAAACGAUACGUCGUUACUUGGUAUUAGCAAUUACAAAUACUCGAGAAUCUCGAACGAUAACAGUAGUUUCACCGUAAAGCCGAAAUUCGAAUAUUCAACAUUUCAGGUUAGAUACUAACUUCGCUCGAUGUUGUGUUAUUUCACUGCUACCGUGUUAUAUUAACAUGAUUCUAAGUCUUACAUCAUACAUCUACGGAUCUUAAAAAAAUGUUAUUCGUUUUAUUUACUUUCUCCUGUAAAGAUGAUUUCAGUCAAUCGGUAGCAAUGGGGAACGUUUGCAUUGUGGAUCGUAUCGUAGUUUACAGUUUACGCGAAGGAAAUCUAGACAAGUUUGGUUACCUUGCAACAAGUUUGUUCGUGUGAUCAAGAAUCAUUACAUCGAUGACGAUGUCGGUAAUAUAAUGCUCUAUAAAUGAAAUGUGAAACAACGUCGUUAUAUUCUCGUGCGGUAAAAUCUACCUAUAAAAAUAACUUACUGUAAAAUAUGCUGCAAUGGGAUCAAUACGAGUACAAAUAAAACAUUCCUCGCAUCGAUUCAACUAUGUUAAUUAUUUGUAAUAAUCAAGAUAAUCUCAACUAUAUGUCCUCUAGCCUUCUAAGGAACUUUGAAAAUACAUAGAAAAUGUUCACUGUUCAGCCACUCGUUGUCCUGUCAGAUCUGUUGUGUCCUUUGAUCAUGACAAUUCUCAACGCUAUGCUGAACGGUAUAUACAACGAAAUUUUUGUAAGUUAUAUCAACGUAACAUACACACUUUCUUGCGGCAAACGAGUGAUUUGUCUUUUAUUUUUCGCAAUCCAUACUUGACAUAUCACCGAACAAUUCUUACGUAAAAAAUGUGAAAAACGAGAAACGAAUCGGUUUUAUCGCUAAAAACACACUGUAACGCGGAACCACGUGUUCCAGGACGUUCUUCAAGUUAGGCAUAAAGAUAAAUCGCGAACGCAACAAUUCACGGAACAUCGUCGAGUAAGUUUAUAACGCUCUCUAAAUAGUCGUAUGAUUUGUUCAUUGACAUAAUUGUGGACCCCGUAGAAAUUUUCAUACUUUCAAAUCGAAGAAUAAAGCGUUACUUUUCUUUUAUUUUUUAUUUUUUUUUGGCACGAUGCUUGAAAGCUUCGAACGCUAAGCUAAGCCUGCGAGAUAUCUCGAUUUCUACGCUGCGAAGACUACGAACGAAAAUAUUCAAAUGCAAUUUAGUAAACGUUGAAAGGAUAUUCGAAUUGUCGCGCACUCCAGGACAGACAACGUACGCAAGUACGUUCACACGAUUCAAUUUGAACAAUUUUUUAGUAUAAUCCUGUUUGCCACGUUCGUUGUACUCUUCAAACGAGUUAUUCUUCGUCCUUUUUCUUUUCCAAAUGGACGAAGUAAAUGAUCGAAGAAAUUUUUAUUUAUAAUCCACAGAUAAAUCUAAAAUAUAAUUUUUUUUAGCUUUUCAUUAUUCAAAAAUUCCACAAAUCGUAAUUCAAGCUAAGCUUAUACCAUCGAUAUAAUUGUAUUUCCCGAAAGAUCGAAUUGAAAUUUUCUCAUUGACAUUUUAUCGAUUCCUCGAUCAUUUCCUACCAUAAUUUGAAUAAUAAAACGAAGCUACGUUCGAGUUAAACGCGAGCGACAUUACUACCAAAGCCAAUCAAAUAAUCGAGAGAGCACACUUAUACGUGAUUACGUAUAUAUGUAUGUAUAGUUUAAUAGCAUAAAUCAAUAGCAUUUUACAAACGUACAUGUAAGUAGAGCUAAACAAUACAAAACGAUGUUGGCAAAAAGAUCACAAAAGGCUCGUCUCAUAAGGUGUACCUUACUGUCGUCGACGGAAAAUUAAAUAAACGCAAUUGUUAAAUAACUUGAGAAUUUUACAGUUUUCCUCGUGUAAAGAUCAAAUGUAGAAAUCUCAUUUUAUCAACAAAAUAUCAUAUCGGUUGAGAUUGAUCGGUGAUCGAACAUUCGUAAUCGUGUGAACAAUUCCUGUAUUCAUACUUUGUGCCGUGCGCGUCGAUCUAUGCUUAUCCUAAAGUAAACAACGACAAACGAAGGACCAACAUUUUCGAUGGCUUAACGAAUUAUGAUUUAUAAAUGCGAUUAUUAUAUCUUUUUCUUUUAUACACGCAUCAAAUACUAAUAAAUAAUUUCUAUCAAAAUUUUCAACGAACAAGAUUAUGUACCUUCACAACCAUAUGCAGUGCACAUACUCGCGUACAAAAUUUCUGAUACAGGUUCGAAAAUCGAUAGUUAUAGUUCAACAAGAUAUUGUCGGUAGAUUGUUAGUUAAUUUCUUCUAAUUAUAUUUGACUUUAUGUAGAAAAUUCAUUCGCAUAUUAAAAGCCUUUCGUUAGGCCAUCGAUGUCUACUUAGUCUACACUUUUUGCAUACCACGGCCAUAAAUAAAUAAAAGGAGCACGGAUUAUACAACAGAAGGGAGACGGAUCUACAAAUACGGAAAGACACACUAUACAUUUAUGCUAGUUCCGGUAUGUACUGAACGAAGCAGUUUUCCGAAGCUCAUGAGCAACGGUAACAUCGAUCAACUUCAUAGUGUACACACGUUGCAUCUGUGCUGAAUGGUUUUGGUUCGAUUCGAGCGGUCGAUUGCAAACCCGCUAGUAACUUGUGACUGCGUUUUCUUCUACAAUCGAACUCCUACAUUAAAUCUAUACACGGGAAGCAAAAAGUAACGAGACAGAUGUUCGAUUUAUCGGAAUAAAUCUCUGCAGCGUUGUAACAAACGCGUUCCAUUAAUACGUAUGUCACGAUCGCCAUUCGAUCAGGACACCGCAACGUAAUAAUACAACAAUCGUGUGUCACCGCACACAUCUCAAUAUAAUUCGUAAUAUAUAUAUAUAUAUAUACAUACUUAUAAGUAUAUAAAUAUAUAUAAAUAUAGAUAUAUGUAUAUAUAUAUAAGUAUAUAUAUAUAUAUAUAUGAUUAUGUGUAUUUUAUUUAUAUGAUAUAUGCAUCCACGCGUGUGUAUAUAUAUAAUAUAUAUACGAAUCAUUUGUAUUUCAUUUUAAUCGGAUGAACAUGAUUCACACUUCUGCGAAGAUAAACACUCUGACACGUGUAAAAUGGUGGUGUUGUCAUAUGAACCUCGUUUAAAUCGUUUUUAAAUAUGAAUCAUCUCUCAACAAAUCCAUGACUGGGCGAUUAUUCUAUUAUCAAUCGAUUAAUAAUUAUAUGCACGUCAUUUAUUCGUUCGUAAGAUUGUUUCGUAUUUAAAGAUCGAAAAUAUCUAAGAUGUAUUUUGUGUCACAGAUUUAUAUGUACAAAACCGAAUAAAACCGAUGCAAGAAUGUCAGGAACUAUGAAACGAAGGACUUGAUUUGAACUUAUGCAACUUAUAAAGAAACUCGAUCCUGCCCUUUUCUUCUGCGACUUUCUCUCUUCCAUAUUUGAGAAGCGACGCACAAUUUAAAAAAUAGGUUUUCGAAAUUUAAAUAUAAAGUAUUUCUACAUACGUACUAUAUGUACGAAUUUUCCUUUAUAUUAUCUUAUGUAAGGAAUGUGUUCGUUUCUUAUAAUUCUUAUAUAAUAUAUGUAUUAUGUUAUCGUGUUAUCCUAAAUAAAAACAAAAUGCAAAUUUCGCUACUUGCUCGUAAAAUUCUCUUAGGUACAUAUAUAUGUGUUUUCUAUGCAAUUAUUUUAUUGCUGGACACGGUAUAUAUAUUUUCAAUGUACCGCGUUUUUAAAUUAAACACUAUAGAACAGUAAAACAAUAAUUCGUAGUAAGGUUACGACAAAAAAGAGUUUGAAUUAAAAA